AUGCUUGAUAUGAUUUUACAGGUGUCGGCGAUGGACCGAGACGAUGGUGCGAAUGGGAGGGUGAGAUACAGCAUCUCCAUGGGCGACGAUAACCGCGACUUCGCUAUAUCGGAGGACGGCGGAGUGAUCAGGGUGGCGAAGAACCUGAAUUUCGAGCGCAAAUCCAGGUACCACUUGACGAUUCGAGGGGAGGACUGCGCGUCGGAAGUCGGGGAAACACCGCGUGACGACACCGCCCAGAUCACCGUCACCGUCCUCGAUAUAAACGACAACGCACCGGUAUUCCUCGACUCGCCGUAUCUGGCGUACGUCAUGGAGAACAUGGUCCCACCUGGGGGAGGAUUCGUGAUACAGGUUAAGGCUUACGACGCGGACACUCCACCUUACAACGACCAAGUGAGGUACUUCUUGAAGGAGGGUGACACAGAUUUGUUUCGGAUCAACGCGAGCACAGGGGACAUAUUCUUGCUCCGACCUCUCGACAGGGAACUGGUCCCGGAAUACACCCUCACUCUGGUGGCCAUGGACACCGGUGAGUUCUUUGUAAUAAUUCAAAUCAUACCUUACGUAGAGAGAAAGCUGAAUGACUUGGAAUAGGUCACGCAAACUUAACCCGUUAACUUCAUAAUAAACACUCGACACUGUGCCGUCCGCAGAUCGAAUUGAAAUUGCUUCGUUUGGCCCGGAUUGUUCUCGGUUGGACUGACUGAUAGUUUUCGCAUGGCCCCGCAGUUGUGCCACCGGCAUUUCCCAGAUAGUUUUCGCAUGGCACCACAGUGGUGUUAAUUAAACACCUUCACGCCGGCGUGUACGACCGGCGACUAAUGGUCACUCGCGUGUCUAAUGGUGCGUUUUUACACGCUCAAGCUAUUCGCACAAGUCAAUCUGUGCAAACGAACUGGAAUGGAAUAUCGCCGUUCACACGUUCAGUUCGAUUUGCGCGGUUGUGAAAGGGAGGAACCCCGAAAAUUGUAGUUUGUUGUGCCCGAAAUGGAAAAUCUGGACGAAAGGUAAGAGUCGCGAAUCAGGAUUUCGUUUCGAACGAGCAAAUUACCAACUGCAUCGGUAUCGUCCGAACGUAAUUUCUGGACAAAGGGACAGAUUUCUCCUCGGAAUCCAGGGACAAUUCCAUUUGUACCUGACCCGAAGGACGCGAAUAGAACCUUGGAAAAUUUCCGUCGAAGUCUGCGCGGGUGCUGGCUUAGAAAUCGUAGGAACGGUUUAAGUGGUGUAUAAAAAUUGAGACAGAAAUUCAAUACGGGGAGAAAAGUAGGUUCGUAAGAAACGAAGGACAAAGGAAUCGCGCGCAGAGUCGUAUUCCCUGCAGGACCUUUGGGACGCGCUUUAGGGGAACGGCUAAAUAGGUGUGUACCUGGCGCGAUCUGCACAAAGGCUGGCAUUCAAAGGGUAGCCAGUAUUCUUCGGAGAGAAUAUUUUUCCGGCCAUCGGCGCUGACCGGUCUUAGCCUCUGUGUAAACUGGUUGCGAAUUAGCGCGGACAAAGGACUUAAUUAUGUGGGGUUUGGCGCUUUGACUAAC